AUGGGUAGCUCACAAUCUUUACUUUCUCAGCUCAUUUCAGAUCUAAACACUGACUUUGCUCUCAAGGAUUUGGGUGAACUUAACUAUUUUUUGGGGAUUCAAGUAGCUCAUACAGCAGAAGGUAUACAUUUGUCCCAACGAAAGUACCUUCAAGAUUUGAUUUUCAAGGCUUGGAUACAAGAAGCUAAGUCUCAAAGCACAUCCAUGAAUGCUGGUCUUAAACUCUCCAACUAUGGAAGUGAUCCAUCUUUGUAUCACCCUAUUGUGGGUGUUGUACAAUAUGCUACAGUCACACGUCCAGAGAUUGCAUAUAGUGUCAACAAGGUGUCACAAUUUAUGCAUAAUCCUUUUGAGUCUCACUGGAUUGUUCUCAAAAGAAUCCUACGGUAUCUAGCUGGAACUCUUGAUCAUAUGAUUUGUAUUCGUCGUUCCUCCAAGCUUUAUCUUGAAGCCUUUAGUGAUGCUGAUUGGGCUUCUGACCCCGAUGAUCGUCGCUCUACUACUAUUUUUGUAUAUAUCUUGGAAGCAAUCUUGUGGCUUGGUAGUCAAAGAAGCAAAACACAAUUUCACGCUCGUCUACUGAAGCAAAGUUUCGAAGUUUAG